UGGUAGGAGUCAACUCGCCGAUCUCGCCGAUAGCGAUAGCGCGGGCUGCAGGUCCACACGCCGGACAGACAGGCGGCUCUGAGGCCAUGGAGCCAGGUGGUGAUGACUCGGUGCGCUUUGGCCAGGGGCGGGCUGCCCAGGCGCUGCCAAUGCGGUUGCUGCUGCUGCCGCUGUUGCUGGGUCGGGGGCUGCGUGUAGUGGCCGCGGCCUCCUCCUCUGGGGCGGCGGCUGAGGACAGCAGCGCCAUGGAGGAGCUCGCUACUGAGAAGGAAGCGGAGGAGAGCCACAGGCAAGACAGCGUGAGCCUGCUCACUUUCAUUCUGCUGCUCACGCUCACCAUCCUCACCAUCUGGCUCUUCAAGCACCGCCGGGUGCGCUUCCUGCACGAGACCGGGCUGGCUAUGAUCUAUGGGCUCAUCGUCGGGGUGAUCCUGAGGUAUGGCACCCCUGCCACCAGUGGCCAUGACAAGUCACUCAGCUGCACUCAGGAAGACAGGGCCUUCAGCACAUUAUUAGUCAAUGUCAGUGGAAAGUUCUUUGAAUACACCUUGAAAGGAGAAAUCAGCCCUGGCAAGAUCAACAGUGUAGAGCAGAAUGACAUGCUGAGGAAGGUAACAUUCGAUCCAGAGGUCUUUUUCAACAUUCUGCUGCCUCCAAUUAUUUUCCAUGCUGGAUAUAGUUUAAAGAAGAGACACUUUUUCAGAAAUCUUGGGUCUAUUCUGGCCUAUGCCUUUUUGGGGACUGCCGUUUCCUGCUUCAUUAUCGGAAAUCUCAUGUAUGGUGUGGUGAAGCUCAUGAAGAUGGUGGGACAACUCACAGAUAAAUUUUACUACACAGAUUGUCUCUUUUUUGGAGCAAUUAUCUCUGCCACUGACCCAGUGACUGUACUGGCAAUAUUUAAUGAGUUACAUGCAGAUGUGGACCUUUAUGCACUUCUGUUUGGAGAAAGUGUCCUAAAUGAUGCUGUUGCCAUUGUGCUAUCCUCGUCUAUUGUUGCCUACCAGCCAGCAGGGCUGAACACUCAUGCAUUUGAUGCUGCUGCGUUUUUUAAGUCAGUUGGCAUUUUUCUAGGUAUAUUUAGUGGCUCUUUUACCAUGGGAGCUGUGACUGGUGUUGUGACUGCUCUAGUGACCAAGUUUACAAAGCUGCACUGCUUCCCGCUGCUGGAGACAGCACUCUUCUUCCUGAUGUCUUGGAGCACGUUCCUCUUGGCAGAAGCCUGUGGGUUUACAGGUGUUGUAGCUGUCCUUUUCUGUGGAAUCACACAAGCUCAUUAUACCUACAACAAUCUGUCGGUAGAGUCAAGAAGUCGAACGAAGCAGCUCUUUGAGGUGUUACAUUUCCUGGCAGAGAACUUCAUCUUCUCCUACAUGGGCCUGGCUCUGUUUACCUUCCAGAAGCACGUUUUCAGCCCAAUUUUCAUCAUUGGAGCUUUUGUUGCCAUCUUCCUGGGCAGAGCUGCACAUAUCUACCCGCUCUCCUUCUUCCUCAACUUGGGCAGAAGGCAUAAGAUUGGCUGGAAUUUUCAACAUAUGAUGAUGUUUUCAGGCCUCAGGGGAGCAAUGGCAUUUGCACUUGCCAUCCGAGACACAGCAUCCUAUGCUCGCCAGAUGAUGUUCACGACCACGCUCCUCAUUGUCUUCUUCACCGUCUGGAUUGUUGGUGGAGGCACAACACCCAUGCUGUCAUGGCUUAAUAUAAGAGUUGGCGUCGAGGAGCCCUUCGAGGAGGACCAGAAUGAACACCGCUGGCAGUACUUCAGAGUUGGUGUUGACCCAGAUCAAGACCCACCACCCAACAAUGACAGCUUUCAAGUCUUACAAGGGGAUGGUCCAGAUUCCACUGGAGGAAACCGGACAAAGCAGGAGAGUGCGUGGCUAUUCAGGCUGUGGUACAGCUUUGACCACAAUUACUUGAAGCCCAUCCUCACACACAGUGGCCCCCCAUUAACCAACACUCUCCCAGCCUGGUGUGGCUUGCUGGCUCGAUGUCUGACCAGUCCCCAGGUGUAUGAUAACCAAGAGCCACUGAGAGAGGAAGACUCUGAUUUCAUCCUGACUGAGGGUGACCUCACCUUGACUUAUGGGGACAGCACAGUGACUGCCAAUGGUUCCUCAGGCUCCCACACAGCCUCCAUGAGCCUAGAGGGCAGUCGAAGAACAAAGAGCAGCUCUGAGGAGGUGUUGGAACGAGACCUAGGAAUGGGAGACCAGAAGGUCUCAAGCCGGGGCACCCGCCUAGUUUUCCCCCUGGAGGAUAAUGCAUGACUUUCCCCCCAAACCCUGAAGCAAUGGGGUAGACCCUUCAGUGGUGUGGGGCUGGCUGCAUGCUCCAGUGUUGUUUGAGGUGGGACAGUGACUGAGUGGAACUAAUGCUUCUAUUUUUAUUGAGGUCUGAAGAUAUCUUAACAUUUAAAAUUUAACCAAGAUACAGAUGGUGGGGCUCAAGUGUCUCUUAAAUCAACACAAAUGCAGACCUGUUCCCACUUCUUCACAUAGUAGUGUGCUGUUCUGAGUUAAACAAACAAAAAACAAUCGCA